AUGCCCCAAGACGACAACCCGUGCAAUCCUGCCAGCGGGCAGCCGGCCCCAGACUACAAUCCACCCACGGCGACUCCAGCGAACACCAAUGACCUGUACAAGAAGCUGUCACCUGAGAGACAGAAGGGCGUCGAUGAAAUGCUGAAAGCGAAGGCGGAGAAAGAGAAGGCGCAAAAAUAG